CUGAAGGGGGAAAGUCCUGAGCAGACCUCUGAAGCUUCUGCUGUCCUGUCCUGUUGUGUCUCCAGUGACAGGCUGGGUGCAGACCACCACCAUCGCAGUGUGUCGCUGUAAUCUGAUGCUGCCAUCAUCACAUGGUGGAAAUUUCCAUGCUCUUCUCCUGGUUUAAAUGGGUUUGGACUAGAAGAUCGGAUCAGUCGCCCGCCUCAUCUCAGAGAUCUGAAGAACGUGUGUGUGUUUGUAUUUUUUUCUCUCCCCUGACCAUAUCAGGUUUCUGAGAGGUGGGGUGAGUUUGUGCGUGUGUCAGGACUAAAGCUAGCGGCAAAGGGGACACGUGAUUGGCUGUCUGAGGCCCUCCCUCUGCUCUUUAUAGCUACCACUCACCUGCAGGAGUAAAAGCAGCACGCUCAAACAUCUCUUUUCAGCUGGGAGCCCUGCCCUGCCCUGCCAACCAUGGAGCGCAUGGAGCUGAAGAAAGUGAGCACUGAGGCGGAUGACGACAGCAACGACAGCCUGGACGGGCGAUUCUCCGUCCCCGUCGACUCCGAGAAGGCCACCAUGAACAGUCAGUAUCUUGAUGAAGAGGAUGCUGAGAGUCAGAAGUUUCUCACAAAUGGAAUAAUGAAAAAGAAGAAGUUUGAGGAGUAUCAUGAAGAAUAUCACCCAGGUCAUGCAUCUAUGGGGAUGUCUGUGUUUAAUCUCAGUAAUGCCAUCAUGGGAAGUGGGAUCCUGGGUCUCUCCUUUGCCAUGGCAAACACUGGAAUCAUCCUGUUUUUCAUUCUCCUCUUUGCUGUUGCCAUACUGUCACUCUACUCAAUUCACCUGCUGCUUGUUACGGCUAAAGAAGGAGGUUCUCUUAUCUAUGAGAAGCUGGGUGAAAGGGCGUUCGUGGCCGGGAAAAUGGCAGCCUUCGGCUCUAUAAUCAUGCAGAAUAUCGGUGCCAUGUCCAGCUACCUGUUCAUCGUGAAAUACGAGCUGCCGGAGGUCAUCCGGGCCUUCCUGGGACUGGAGGAAAACUCAGGUGAGUGGUACCUGAACGGGAACUACCUGGUGGUAUUCGUGUCUGUCGGAAUCAUCCUGCCCUUGGCCUUGCUCAAGAACCUGGGCUACCUGGGAUACACCAGUGGCUUCUCUCUCUCAUGUAUGGUCUUCUUCGUGGGUGUGUUGAUUUAUAAGAAGACCCAGCUUCCUUGUCCUUUGCCGUUCUUCUUCCACCAUUCAUCUAAUACGAGUCUAAACAGUUCAGAGCUGAUGAAUCCGUACGCGUUGCAUAACGGCUCAGCUCUGAUGGGGUUUUCUCGAGCAGACGUGAGCAGCGUUCACCCGGAUCCCCAUUCCACCGCUCAACCCGUCUCUGGAGUCCACUUGACGCAUCACCCAGAUGACUACGAGGACAUGUGCACGCCAAAAUACUUUGUGUUCAACUCGCAGACUGUGUACACUGUUCCUAUACUUGCAUUCGCCUUUGUGUGUCACCCAGAGGUCCUUCCUAUUUACAGCGAACUCAAAGAUCGCUCUCGGAAGAAAAUGCAAAACGUUUCGAACUUGUCGAUUCUGGCCAUGCUGAUCAUGUACAUGCUGUCAGCGCUGUUUGGCUACCUCACAUUCUAUGGUAACGUGGAGGCAGAGUUGCUGCACACCUUCACCAAGGUUUAUAAGUUUGACACGAUGCUUCUGUGCGUGCGCGUCGCCGUGCUCACGGCUGUAACGCUCACCGUUCCAAUCGUCCUCUUCCCAAUUCGCUCUUCUAUCACUACGCUGCUGUUUGCUGGGCGAGAGUUCAGCUGGAUCCGACACAUCCUCAUUGCCGCGGCCAUCUUGUUUUUCAACAACCUUCUCGUCAUCUUUGUUCCAACGAUUAGAGAUAUUUUCGGCUUUAUAGGCUCGUCUGCUGCCACCAUGCUGAUCUUCAUCCUGCCUGCUGCCUUCUACCUGCGACUCGUAAAGAGUAUACCGUUCAGAUCCACUCAGAAGAUAUCAGCUUUCGUUUUCCUGAUAGUGGGCAUCAUCUUCAUGAUUGGCAGCUUGUCUCUUAUCAUACUCGACUGGAUCCACAAUCCUCCUGGAACUGGAGGUGGCCACUAAACUCUGCAAAAAUCGCAGACUGAGGGUUAUUAUGUCAUACGAUAUACAGUGCGAGACACGUUGCAGGAGACGCCCUCCCUCUCUGCAUUACAGCGUUACAACAUUCAGUCAACAUGACCUCUUUCACCCUCUCUGUCUUUUACAUUCUCUCAUCAUCCCGCAUCUUCAUCCUCAUCCUCAUUGUGUCAGUGUACAGCUUCGGGGAGGGAAAGAAAAGAGAAAGAGGAAAGAGUCUGAACCAGCUGCUUUUGAACACUGCAGAAGAAUGGUGCUUCAGGAGGUCGUUCUUGUGAUGGAUAAAAAGCACUUGAUUUUUUCGCGUUUUUAAGAUUUUUAUGUAUGUUCACAGAUGGGCGCAAAACAAAAAAACGACAAUAACAAACACUGGCAUUUUUUCCACUGGCACCAAUUGAUGAUUGUACACACCAGAGAGCAUUUUAGUGUUUUAGUCUUGGGUUUCUUUCUUUAAAAAAAAAAGUGCAUUUUAUUUGUUUCCUUUAUAUAGCAUUAAUUAGUGUUUUUUUGGGGUUUCGAUGUGUUUUAAGGGAAAUCUUUCAUUUGAUCAUUUUCUACUCUCGGAAAGAAUUCGGAAAAACGCAGUUUUGCUACUACAACGUUAUCCGUUGAUGAACGCGGCAGGGUCGCAUGUCUCAAUUUUACCCUCAUUAGCGUACGAACAAAAAACCCUCGGCGGCGAUCUCUAUGCAAUGAUUUGAUCUACUCUAAGCGUAAGCGUGAGCCUCGGGGAUCUCAUCCCUGAGCGCUGAGUGUGAAUCCUAAAAAUCCGGCUUCAUUCCAACUCCAAAUUCAUCGUACAAGACGAACACGACACGAAAAUAGGACAGCUGGCUCUGACCUUUUAUGGCUUUGGGUGAAUCAAAGAGCUCAAAGCCAGAAUGGGCUUCAUGGUAAUCGUCAUCAGCCGCGUUAUGAACACUACCAAGCACCUGUUAAAUACUGAUACACCCAGUGAGAGUAAACACUCAUUAAAACUCAUUGGUCCUGAAUUGGUGGUACGAGGUGGUAUCAAAAAGUUUCACGACUACCUCUGUGUACAAAAAAAGUGCUUAAUUUAUCUACGUUUACACACCUUCAAAAUAGUCCUCUUGAACAGCAAAGAGAAUCGCACUCGAUCUCCUCAACGGUGUCAAAGCGGUGACCUUUGAGCCGGAUCUUCAUCUUCUGGACGACAGCAAAACAAGGGUGAGAUCAUGUUGUUUCACGUGUGAAGAGGGCUCAGAGACAGGGUGCGCACGUGGUCAGAAUAGCACCAGUCACAUAACUCCCAAUGUACACACACUGACUUCUGAAGGUCGGUGCUCCCUAUGACUGCGUGCAGCCAUCCAGUCAAACUAGUCUUGCAACUUUUGAUACCACCUCGUAUAUUUGGCACUGCGAUGCUGUGAAUCGGGCGCGUCUUUACACCGAACCCUCAUGUCCUCCAAAACAUUUGAAAUAUACUAACUUGACUAUUAAUAUAUCCGGUGAAACUGGAAAGUUUCCGCUGUGGCUGUUAUCGUCACGCCGUACAGGUUUGUUAAUCGUGUCCGAGUGAAGUCGUGUCCUCAUUGGGUGCAGAGACCAUUAGACAAAACAAACACUGCUGAUGUGACUCUCUUUUGUGCUGAAUUAUUAUUAUUAUUAUUAUCUAUAUAUUUUUUGUUAUUGUUCCUAUCCGGCCAAAGUGGACAGUAUUUAUAGAUCGUUUGUUGAUCUACCUAGACAUAGACAGAUAUUUCGAAUGAAAUGGUAUAUUUUGUGCAUGUUUUGGAUCAUGGUCUUUUUUGACAGUUGUAUAUUCUUUGUAAAUAAUCUUGCUAUACGGUACACUUCAUUUAUGAUUUUCUUCUGGGUGAAGAUAUCUGGCUGAGAUCAUCUCAAGUGUUCACUGAUAGUUGUAUGUAUUUUAGUUCUAUUUGUUAGUUGACUAACUUUCUUUCCUUCGAUCUUUCUGAGCUUGCUUUGUAAAUUUUGUGAGGGGAAAACAAUGUAUUUCUAUUAUUUCGUGUUCUGCUUAGCAAUUUUUAUGAAUGAACAAAACAAAAAAAACCUGAAGUGUUUUUUUUUUUUUUUUUUGCUACUCAUUUGUCAGUUCCUGAUGGUACAUAACUGAAGCAUGGGUAUGGCUGUAUUACAUAUGGCUGAAGAUCAUCUCUUGCUCUUCCUUCUCAUUUUUUGGACACUAUUUUAUGCCCUAUAAUGCCUUGGUGUAUGGUGGGGCAGGGUCCAUCCACCUGCAACAAUUGCAGGUUAACACUGAUUCUUAUUGCUCACUGUAAAUCAGGCUGUUGCACGUUUGUGUGUUUGUGUAUUCAGUGUCUGAUGGCAGUGUCAUGCUGGAAGGGCUUUAGCUCUGUGCCUUGACGUUCCCUCAGGUAUUUUAAAGAGGAGUCUGGCUUCAUCUGUGGAGGGGUUCCAUACUGAUUUUUUCCCCCUGAAUACCUCAAUGACUUUUUUUUUUUUUGCAUAUUUAUUGCUGAAAGUGCUGAAAGUUCAUUAUCCAGAAAGUUCAAAAUCCAGAAGAAUCUCUUCCACAGAUGAAACUUGAACCCACAGCUAGAGCUUUCAUCUCUUUAAUUGUUCUACCUGAGUGCCAUCCAAACCCACGAGGAGCAGUCCAGCCGGCUCUGCUUCCUGUGGAUCAAACGUACGUGAUUUGCGUAUUUACUGUGUCAAAUGGGGUUUUUUGUAUCAUCGAAGGUGUUUCAAUAAUAUGUAAUAUUCAAAAAAAAAAAACCUAGAAACUGA